CCUUCCCGGAGUUUCCCCUCUAGGGUCGGGACUGGGGUCUGGGGCGGGGUCGGGACUGGGGUCUGGGGCGGGGUCCAGACUCGGGGCCCUGCCCAGCGGGCGGGCUCGCUCCAGCCUUUGCCCCAAACUGCUGCUGCAGGGCCAAUCCGGCCUCUGGGGCUCACCCGGGCCGCCUUUCCGGGCCCGCGGCUUCCUCCAGCCCGCCCCGCCCCUCGGACUCACGGCCGCCCCCGGCCCUCAUUCGGGCCGGGCCUCGCGGCGGCUGCUGCGACUCAGCUGCGUUCCGCCGCGUCCCCGAGUCCCGGUAGUCGGCGCAGCGCGGCAGGGGCAGGGCAGCCUUCCACCACGGAGAGCCCAGCUGUUGACUGCCUACAGGAAGAUGCUGCACAGACCGGUCAACCCUGGCAUGGGUGUACAUGUGGGCACAGCCCUGGGAGUACUGUGCUUCUGCCUCUCAGGAGCCAUGGAGGUCCAGGUCCCUGAAGACCCGGUGGUGGCCCUGGUGGGCACUGAUGCCACCCUGCACUGCUCCUUCUUGCCUGAGCCCGGCUUCAGCCUGGCACAGCUCAACCUCAUCUGGCAGCUGACAGACACCAAACAGCUGGUGCACAGCUUUGCCGAGGGCCGGGACCAGGGCAGUGCCUAUGCCAACCGCACCACGCUCUUCCCAGACCUGCUGGCACAGGGCAACGCAUCCCUGAGGCUGCAGGGUGUGCGUGUGGCUGAUGAGGGCAGCUUCACUUGCUUGGUGGGCAUCCGGGACUUUGGCAGCGCUGCUGUCAGCCUGCAGGUGGCAGCCCCCUACUCAAAACCCAGCAUGACCCUGGAUCCCAACAAGGACCUGUGGCCUGGGGACAUGGUGACCAUCACUUGCUCCAGCCACCGGGGCUACCCCGAGGCCGAGGUGUUCUGGCAGGAUGGGCAGGGUGCGCCCUUGACUGGCAACGUGACCACAUCGCAGAUGGCCAACGAGCAGGGCUUGUUCGACGUGCGCAGCGUGCUGCGGGUGGUGCUGGGCGCUAAUGGCACCUACAGCUGCCUGGUUCGCAACCCGGUGCUGCAGCAGGACGCCCAUGGCUCUGUCACCAUCACAGCCCACAGCAGUCCCACAGGAGCUGUGGAGGUCCAGGUCCCUGAAGACCCGGUGGUGGCCCUGGUGGGCACCGAUGCCACCCUGCACUGCUCCUUCUCGCCUGAACCCGGCUUCAGCCUGGCACAGCUCAACCUCAUCUGGCAGCUGACAGACACCAAACAGCUGGUGCACAGCUUUGCCGAGGGCCGGGACCAGGGCAGUGCCUAUGCCAACCGCACCACGCUCUUCCCAGACCUGCUGGCACAGGGCAACGCAUCCCUGAGGCUGCAGGGUGUGCGUGUGGCUGAUGAGGGCAGCUUCACCUGCUUCGUGAGCAUCCGGGACUUUGGCAGCGCUGCUGUCAGCCUGCAGGUGGCAGCCCCCUACUCAAAACCCAGCAUGACCCUGGAUCCCAACAAGGACCUGCGACCUGGGGACAUGGUGACCAUUACUUGCUCCAGCCACCGGGGCUACCCCGAGGCCGAGGUGUUCUGGCAGGAUGGGCAGGGUGCGCCCUUGACUGGCAACGUGACCACAUCGCAGAUGGCCAACGAGCAGGGCUUGUUCGACGUGCGCAGCGUGCUGCGGGUGGUGCUGGGCGCUAAUGGCACCUACAGCUGCCUGGUUCGCAACCCGGUGCUGCAGCAGGACGCCCAUGGCUCUGUCACCAUCACAGGACAGCCCAUGACAUUUCCCCCUGAGGCUCUGUGGGUGACCGUGGGGCUCUCUGUCUGUCUCAUUGCACUGCUGGUGGCCCUGGCCUUUGUGUGCUGGAGAAAGAUCAAACAGAGCUGUGAGGAGGAGAACGCAGGAGCUGAGGACCAGGAUGGGGAUGGGGAAGGAUCCAAGACAGCCCUACGACCUCUGAAACACUCUGAGAGCAAAGAAGAACCUGGUCACAUGAUCCCUAACUCAGAUGAUGGACAAGAAAUAGCCUGACCAGGAGCUGCUGCCCCUGCCUGGGAGCUCCCACCCUCUGACUGCAUUGGGGCCUCAGCGUGAGCCUUCCCCCAACAGAUGAGUCCUGUUCUGGCAGGUCUGCCUGUUCUCCAAAGGAUGCGGUACAGAGAUGACCCUGCAGCCUUAUUUCUCCAAUGGACACAAUUCCCAAGUCAUCCUGCUGCCUUAUAACUCCAGCAACACAACACCAAAUCAUCCCGCUGCCUUUUCUUAUGGACACAACACACAGACCACCCCACUUCCUAUCCUUCCAAAGCCACAUGGGCCAUCUGGUGGCCUCUUUUCUCCAAAGGACACAAUAUUCAGACUAACCUUAUGCCUUAUUUCUCCAGACACACACUACACAGUCACCCCUUGUCUUGUUUUCCCAUGGCCCUGAUACACUAGUUACCAUUUCUCAAGCCUUUUUCCCAUCCUGUGUAUAAUCACCUCUCCUUGAGUCUUGAAACUAUCUCUCCUGCCUCCUUUUGCUCUGGCCCUGGCCUUGGCCUUGGCCUUUUCCCUUCCCCACUGAGACUGGUCAUGCUCCCAGCCACACACAACAGGUGUGCAGAGACCUGCAGCAGCACGUGCUGGACCACGUGCACACCCCCCACCCUCCUGGUCUUCCCUGCACUGCCCUGGGCUGUGCCCCGGGAGGCCCUCUCCUCUGCCAGCCUCCCCAUAGGAAGCUGGCAUUGGUCACACUGGUUCUCUGGGGGGUCUGUAGAAGGCUCUCUGGGGGUCAGCUUUUAUUCCUCUGCUUUUCCCGCCUUUGGAGGUUUUGUUCCUUUUCCUUACCUUGUAAAUUAAUGUUUGUUGAGCAACCACAGGCGUCAGCAUUGUGUUGGAUGCUGGGGGUCCUGGGUGGGAGGCUGAGUCUCUCCCUCAGGCUGUCCUCCUCCAGCUGGGAAACAGACGACUCACUGUGCUGUGGCCUGCCGCUCCUGCCCUGCUCCCUACUGCACCCUCUGUGCCCACAGCUUCUGAGAUACCUCACUCCCAUCCCGUCCCUGCCCCUCACCCAGAGCCUGGCGUGGGGCAGAACCCUGGAGAGAGGGAUGCAGCCCUUGCCACACUGGAGAAGCUGGUGGUUUUGGAGGGUCUUCCCAGGUGCGCUGCAGGCUGGAGGCUGAAGCCUCUGGACCUUGGGUAGCAGCCUCACAGGCAAAGUGGGGGAUCCCUUCUCACUGACUGGAGCCCAGGGAAAGAAGGGACUGCUUCCUCAUCACGGUGCUAUUCUGAAGCCAGAGCGUGCACCUCCUGGCUUGUCUCUGGCCAGCCCCCGGCCUCCAGUAGAGUAGAACUGCUCAUGUUCUUAUCCUCCUGAUACCAUCUCUCCCAACCUUGGGAGUGGAAGACACGAGGAUUUCUAAUUUAAAUGUGGACUCUGUAAACUGGGGGUGUACUUUGGGAAAAAUAAAUGCCUUUGUCA